UCAAUGGAGUUUGGUUUGCGGGUGUCGUCAUACAAACAGGACACGUACCGCACUGUGUACUCUGUCACUAAGUUAGAUGCAGCAGCGUGUGAUAACGAAAGCUAAUUGGGCGUAGCGUUACUUUGCACGCCAGAAAAUAACAGGAAACCGCUUAUUAUGUUUUUGUAUUGAUGUAACUUGGCUAGUAUAAUUAACUUAUAUCAAUAAUAUAAUAACGAGUACGCUAACGUUACACAGCAAGCUUAUGUCAGCUAAUGGGUUAGCCCAGAAAACAAUUGGACCUGUCAAACUUAGCCAAACAAGCAUCUGGUUGACUGAGCUGCCGGAAGGGGUGCACAUUCAGUUUGGAGAUGACCUUUCCACUGUAGCUGUCUGUAAAGACCCGGAUCCUGGCAGCCCUAUAUGGCGUGUCCGGUCCAGUUCUUCUGCCGGGGGCUUCGCACUGUUGGAUUAGUGCUCCUUUACUAUGUCUUCUCUAUAGGCAUCACCUUCUAUAACAAAUGGCUUAUGAAGGGCUUCCACUAUCCCCUCUUCAUGACGUUGGUUCACCUCGCCCUCAUCUUCUGUCUGUCGGCUCUGACACGAAGGGCCAUGCAGUGCUGGACGGGGAAACCCCGCAUCGUUCUGAGCUGGACAGAUUACCUCUAUAAAGUGUCUCCCACAGCCCUGGCAACAGCACUGGAUAUUGGACUUUCCAACUGGAGCUUCCUCUUCAUCACCAUUAGCUUGUACACCAUGACCAAGUCUUCAGCAGUGCUCUUUAUCCUCUUUUUCUCGCUGGUAUUUAAACUAGAGGAGCCGAACCCAUUCUUGAUCCUGGUGGUCCUCCUGAUCUCCUGUGGUCUGUUUAUGUUUACAUAUGAGUCGACACAGUUCAACCUGGAGGGCUUCAUCAUGGUGCUGCUGGCGUCCUUCAUAGGGGGGAUCCGCUGGACCCUCACUCAGGUCCUCAUGCAGAAAGCAGAGCUGGGCCUUCAGAACCCAAUAGACACCAUGUACCACCUACAACCUCUCAUGUUCCUUGGCCUUUUUCCCCUCUUCCUAUAUAAUGAAGGGCUGAGCCUCUGUAGCUCAGAAAAGUUAUUCCGGGUGACGGAGCUCUCACCUCUCCUGUAUUCACUCUUCACACUGAGUAUCGGCGGUGCACUGGCCUUUGGUUUAGGCUUCUCAGAGUUCCUCCUAGUCUCCCGGACAUCCAGCCUCACUUUAUCCAUAUCAGGGAUCUUUAAGGAGGUGUGUACUAUGCUUUUGGCAGCACGUCUGAUGGGAGACAAGAUGAGCACGCUUAAUUGGCUGGGAUUCGUCGUGUGUCUGUGUGGCAUUUCCUUGCAUGUGGGAGUCAAGACAUAUUAUUCCAAAAGUAAGGGCCCAUCUUUAAGGCAGCUCAACAGUAAGAGCCCAGAGCUCGCGUUGCCAUUACUGCGGCAGAACGGAGACGAAAGAGGGGAUUCGACUGCCGAGGAGUACGAAGACGAAGAACAAGAAAUAACCCUGCACUGACAUCACAGGUUGCGGGCCAAUGAAGUCUUCUUGCUACUCACACCUUUUCGACUCUUCCCUCUAAUGGUUUGAACAGUGACGUCAAAGCUUCAGAGCUUCCAAAAACUGGUUUAGUCUGGGACACACUGCCACAGAAAGAGUGAACAGCCUCUUCAGCUCUUUCUUUCCACCAAUCAAGUCUUCAGGUCAGGCCAGGGCCUCAUUAUCAGCUGUACAUUACUGUGCAUGUGACACAAGUUAUGAUCUUUUGCCUUAAGGGAGCUUCAAGAAUACAUCCACGUGUCGACUAAGUAUGAUGUAUGGAGAGAGGGUGCUACAGCUUUAAAGGGGUACUUCGACACCUUGAAUUGUAGUGGGUCAUUUUUCUUUUCUAGAUACUUGUCACACUGUGGGAAGAUCCUCUCACUUUGUUAUAUAUACCUACAUACAUAUGUGUAUAUAUAACAUUAAUAGCAUUCUGUGAAGUGGCACCGGCUCCAGUUAGGAAACUGAUAAUGAGGUUACAAGUGUCUGGAAAAUCAACUAGAAUUUGAAGUGUCCUGGUAUCCCAGUAAUGCAGAGUGGGAACCUAACAGAUGACAGUAUUUCUUUACCGUAAGUAUGUAGUCAGAUUUCCAAGAAAGGGACAUCCUUAAGUUAUUUUGUGUAAAAACUGGAUUACUAAUAGAUGUAUAAUAUAGUUCCUCAGAUUUGUAUUUUUGCAGAUGGCUUUGCUGUUCUCCUUUUUGUGUGCUGAGUUAUCAGAGCUAACAGUACAUUUAAAAAAAAAUAUGUCUGCAACUUACAAUUAGUAAUAAUACAUCUGCAGGUUAUUCUGCAUUUUUUUUAAUUCUGUUAUUAAUUGAAUAAUUGUUUGCACUAAAAAAUGUCUUUAAAAAAGAUGACAAAUGCACAUUGCAAUUUCCAAAAGCCUGAGAUGACGACUUUACGUCUUUGGUUCAAAACCCAAAGAUAUUCAGGUGCUGUCACAUAAGACAAAGACAGCAGCACAUCUUCAUGUUUGUGAAACUUUGUGCUCGAAAAAUGACAAAUUAUUUGAAGUCGAAUAUCAAAUUAGAUGCUGGCUAAUUUACUGCCAAUCAACUAAUUAAUGAAUUGACUGUUUCAGCCCUAUAAGCCUACUCUGUGUUAUCUCAAAUGUGACAUUGUAAAAUAAGUAUGAAAUCAAGCCGCAUGAGUCAGAUCUGUCAGUGAGUACUACACAUUACAAAGAGUCACAAUGAGACCCCCCCCCCGUAGAAAGUGAUACAGUCAAUGUCUUGAUAUUGGAACUUCACAGUAUGGUAUUUUUUAGUCAAAUUUAUUUAGAUGGAGUUAUGAAGUGCACUCCAGUCAUUUUUUAUUUUUUAAAGGGAUGUGAAAUGAUUAUACCUUAAUGUGCCUUGUUAAUGUCACUAGAGUCAAGAAAACUUUAAAGAGCUAAAAUCCUUCAUGAUUUAAUCAGUUAUGUAGCUAAAGUACUUGAGUUGAAAGCCAUCAAGUGAACUUUUUAAAAUGUUUUUCUGUCAUGAUUUCCUGUGAAAUGCAGCAUUGUUGCGACACAUUGAGAAAUAAAAUGAAAAAACAUAAUAUUUGACUUCA